GACGAACUUUUAUCGUCUCCCAAGGCAUCACACACCUCCAUGAGUUUUUUAUAAGUACAAGUUUUUUGUUUGUUUACUUCCUUGUCCUCACUAUCCAGUUCCUAACCAGCAAGGACUGUUAUUUCAUUUUCCCUUCAGCUCUUCAACACAAGGCCUGAAACUCAUCAUAUUUGUAUAUGGUCUUUGUCCUUCAAUGCAUGUUCUUCUAAUGCUUACCUAAUAUUCAACUGUUCCUGCUUCCUUUUGCAUUGGCAUAUGUUUAACACACUUCUCUACUUCACCUAAACAAAACUUUUCUUUAACAUGUAAAAAUAAUUCCAAAAAUCUUACUGUAUUUAUAUAUGGAUCUUGCAAGGGCUAACUACUGUGAACCUCCAUCUCAAGGGGAAGCAGCACUAGAAGGGAAAAAUGGGAACCCAUUCUUGGAUAGUUUCCCUGACCCGCUUUGCAAACUUAAUCUAAAGGAGACAUCUGAGUUUGUGAAGUCGUUGCCAACAGCAAGCAAUGGAGCAGCAGGGUUUUUAAGGAAAGAAGGAGUAAGUUCAGUGACAAGGAGGAAUAUGGAUGCUCCAUCAACACCGGGUCGACCCAUUUUCAGCUUCAGUGUUGGGAAUUUUUCAAGAAAAAAUUUCCCUUCGAAGUGGGAUGAUGCAGAGAAGUGGCUUGUUAAUGGAAGUUCUAUUCAAGAUUCCCCUGCUUCUCAUCAUAAUAAUAAUGGCUUAAAGCCAGCAUUAGAAUCCUCAAAUUUGUUAAAGCAGUGCAAUGGGUUCAAGCUUAAAGAAACUGAAAAUGUCUUUGCAGAAAAAAACAGAGUUACAGAUGAAAAGGUAUCUAAAGUAGCUUCAGAUUUUCAGGUGCUUUUACCUUUACACCAUCACCAUAUUUCUGCUGGAGCUGCCAACACUGUUUCUGCUGCAACUGAUGUUUUUCUAAAAGAUAAGUUCACAGAUGAAGUGGAGUCUAUUUAUCCCAAAUUUAGGUGCUUAGAACCUACAAAAGAAGGAUUUUUGUUUGGAAAUGCAGCAGGAAAAUCGAUGAAAGAGGCAAUUCAUGAGAUUAAACACAGAGAUAUUGGGACAGAAAUGACCCCAAUUGGCAGCUCUACUACUUCUAGAUGCCAUACUCCAUUCAAGAGCCCAUCGCCUGCUCGACACAAUAACCCCGCAGACAGAUCUGGACCAUUGCCCUUACCAAGUUCAGGUUCUGAUAGCACAGUUGAUAUCAUGCAAUUUGAGGAGUGCCAUCUAGCAAAAUUGCAGUUUGGGACACAAUUCGAUUCUGUUACAACCAAUUGGAGUUCGAGAGAAGAAGAAGAGGAGGAUGUAUCGAAGAGUUUGAGACAUUUUGAGAUAAAUAAUGAGUGUAGAAAAAGCGUCUCGGAGUCCAAAACACGUUCGUGGGAAGAAGAAGAGAAGAACAAAUGCUGUCUCAGGUACCAAAGAGAAGAAGCAAAAAUUCAGGCUUGGGUAAACCUCCAAAAUGCAAAAGCAGAAGCUCAGUCCAAAAAACUUGAGGUGAAAAUCCAGAAGAUGAAAUCAAAUCUGGAAGAGAAGUUAAUGAAAAGAAUGGCGAUAGUUCACAGAAAAGCUGAAGAAUGGAGAACUACAGCUCAACUACAACACAAGGACCAAAUAGAAAAAGUGGCUGAUCAAUCACGGAAGAUGAUGUUGACAAGGCAAAACUCACAUUUAUCUGCCCAAUCUUCCUGCGGGUGUUUGCCAUGCCGAAACCAUCUUAUUUAAUUCGGAAUCGAGCACCAAUGUUCAGUGAGAUUCAUUCUGUAUUCGUUACUACUAAGAAAAAAAUCUUAAUGCAACACUUUUACGGGCCAACACAUCAUUCUAGUAGGCGACUCUAAUUGAUUGUGUGAAACGAUGACAUUAUCAGCUCUGGCACUAAGAUGAAAAAUUUGUUACUAUAUAUCCUAUAAUGUGGCCUCACUGUGAGAAUCCCAGCAACUUCUUUUACAAAAUGGAAUGUUCACAAAUUGAGAAGCUGGUUUAGUAGGCUCUGAGGUGUGCUUGGUGAUAUCUCAUGUAACAAACACAAACACAAACUCGCAAGAAGUGAUACUCCGUGUUUUUGACCAGUAUCUUUUACAAA